AUGCACCACCGCUCCCAGUUUCCAUUUAAUCGACCGGUUUUUGAACCGAAAAAGUAUUCACUGGUCUCCUCUACACUAGACUCUGAUACUUCCAGUGUGGCAUCAUCGACUCCUAGCGAUGUAUCGUCGGUCUCUUCGCCUGUGUUGCGCGAACGCAUGAGCCUUAGUUUUAUCACGAAUCCGGACCCGGUGGUUGACUCGCUCCACACAGUAAGCCUCAAGACAAGCGUCAUUUGCUCGAAGAAAAACUGCUACCGUACGGCCAACAGCCUCUUUGGCACAUUUUGUGAGCUUCACAAGCCCAGUCGACUAUGCAAAGUGCCUGAGUGCCGCAAGUGCGCCAAGACUGGCGGCUUUUGCAUCUCGCACGGUGGUGGUCGUCGGUGUCGCACUAGUGGAUGCAUAAAGAGUGCCAAGGAAGGAGGAUAUUGCAUCGCCCACGGAGGUGGAAAGCGGUGUUGUGAAGAGGGUUGCUCCAAGUCGGCGCUUGCCGGUGGUCUCUGCUCUGCUCAUGGGGGCGGCAAACGUUGCAGUGCCUCAAAUUGUUAUAAAACAGCUCUCAAAGGUGGUCUGUGUAUCGCGCAUGGUGGUGGUCGAAGAUGCGAAGUUGUGGAGUGCACCAAGAGCGCUGUUGGUGGCCGUCUGUGUGUUUCUCACGGCGGCGGUCGCCGCUGUCGAGAAGUUAAUUGCAACAAGGGUGCUGUGCGUCGAGGCGUAUGUAUUCGUCACGGUGCACGGCAAUAG